AUGGCUCCCAUUAUCAAGGAAACCGACUACCUGGUCAUUGGCGGCGGCAGCGGUGGCCUCGGCUCCGCGCGCAUGGCCAGCGGCAAGUACGGCACCAAAGCCAUGAUUAUCGAGAACAAGCGACUCGGCGGAACCUGUGUAAACGUUGGUUGCGUGCCCAAGAAGGUGACCUACAACGCCGCCGCCCUCGCCGAGGCCAUCCACGACUCCAAGGCCUACGGCUUCUCCGUCCAGGAGACAGCUCCCUUCGACUGGUCGACCUUCAAGACCAAGCGCGACGCCUACAUUAAGCGCCUCAAUGGCAUCUACGAGCGCAACCUGGGCAAUGACAAUGUCGAAUACCUGCACGGAUGGGCUCGCCUGCUUUCCAAGGACCAGGCUGAGGUCACUCUCGAUGACGGCUCCAAGGUCGUUGUCAACGCAAAGAAGAUCCUCAUUGCCGUCGGCGGCAAGCCCACCCCUCCUCCCCAGAUCCCCGGCGCCGAACUCGGAAUAAACAGCGAUGGCUUCUUCGACAUCGACACGCAGCCCAAGAAGGUUGCCAUCAUUGGUGCUGGUUACAUCGCCGUCGAGUUCGCCGGCAUGUUUAACGCCCUCGGCACGGAGACUCACCUUUUCAUCCGCCACGAUACCUUCCUCCGCAGCUUCGACCCCAUGAUCCAGGAGUCUGUCACAAAUGAGUACGAGAGGAUCGGCGUGAACCUGCACAAGCGCUCUCAGGCCACCAAGGUCGAGAAGGACGCCAACGGCAAGCUCACCGUCACCUACCGCGACGAUAGCGGCAACGAGAGUGUCGUCUCUGACGUUGACCACCUCAUCUGGGCCAUUGGCCGCACCCCCGAGACCAGCGGCAUUGGCUUGGAGGAGGCCGGCGUCAAGCUCCGCGAGUCGGGCCACAUCGUUGUCGAUGAGUACCAAAACACCGCCGUCGAUAACAUCUACGCCCUCGGCGAUGUCACUGGCGAGGCCGAGCUCACCCCCGUUGCCAUCGCCGCUGGUCGUCGCCUGGCCCAUCGCCUCUUCGGACCCGCCGAGUUCUCUUCCCUCAAGCUCAGCUACGACAAUAUCCCGUCAGUCGUCUUCUCCCACCCCGAGGUUGGCAGCGUCGGCAUGACGGAGCCACAGGCCAUUGAGAAGUACGGCAAGGACAACAUCAAGGUCUACAAGACCGGCUUCACUGCCAUGUACUACGCCAUGAUGGAGCCCGAUCAGAAGGGUCCCACCAACUACAAGCUCAUCACCACCGGCCCCGAAGAGAAGGUCGUCGGCCUGCACAUCAUGGGCCAGGGCAGCGGCGAGAUGCUGCAGGGCUUCGGUGUCGCCGUCAAGAUGGGUGCCACCAAGGCCGACUUUGACAGCUGCGUAGCCAUCCAUCCCACGAGCGCUGAGGAGUUGGUGACGUUGAAAUAG